ACACAAAAUCAAGUAGGGACAAGCUAUAACAAUCCUCAAAAAUAAAGCCGUUUCAAGACGGCCAACAAAAACCCACAAAACCACCACUUUCUCAGCCGGCUCUCCUCCUCCACUCCCUCCACCAUUUUUCUCUAUUUUUAUAUUCUUAUUGGAUUCAGGGCUCAAUCUUUCUUCUAUAAACAAACCCUUUAUUUCCAAUUGACUUUUAAAGUUUGUAUUUAGAAGAGUGAUCAGUGAAGUUUCAUGGCCAAAACUUCAAAGAAAAACCAGAAGAGCAGCUCAACCAAUAGCAUUACUGAUAAGAAUGAUGCAAUUGGGAAGUCGAAGAGGACCAGAAAAAGCGUCCCGAGAGAGUCUCCGCAGCAACGCAGUUCGAUUUAUCGGGGCGUCACAAGGCACCGGUGGACUGGUCGUUAUGAAGCUCAUUUAUGGGAUAAGAAUUGCUGGAACGAGUCUCAAAAUAAGAAAGGAAGACAAGUUUAUCUGGGGGCCUACGAUGAUGAAGAAGCAGCUGCACAUGCAUAUGAUUUAGCAGCAUUGAAGUAUUGGGGACAAGAUACCAUAUUGAAUUUUCCUCUCUCAACAUACCAAGUGGAGCUUAAGGAAAUGGAAGGCCUAUCAAAAGAAGAGUAUAUUGGUUCCUUAAGAAGGAAAAGCAGUGGAUUUUCUCGGGGAGUGUCAAAAUAUAGAGGCGUCGCAAGACACCAUCAUAACGGAAGAUGGGAGGCUCGAAUAGGCAGGGUAUUUGGCAACAAAUAUCUUUACCUCGGAACAUAUGCCACACAAGAAGAAGCAGCAACAGCGUAUGACAUGGCCGCAAUAGAGUAUCGUGGACUUAACGCUGUUACUAACUUUGAUUUGAGUCGUUACAUCAAGUCGCUACGACCUAAUGAAAAUAACACCGACCAUCCUCAACCGAAUCCUAACCUGAAUCCAAUGUCAAAUCCAGAAUUAGGGUUUGGCGUCCUUCACCUCCUAACACAAAGCUCAAGCUCAGCCGAAAUAGCCGACACUCGUCCGCAGCCAGGUAGCGUAGCCUCUACUUCAUCUGCACUAGGGAUUUUGCUACAAUCCUCCAAGUUUAAAGAAAUGUUGGAACAAACAACAGCACAAGAUAACCCUUCUAGCCCUUUGGAACCGGGUGCUCCUCGACGAAGUUUCCCAGACGACAUACAAACAUCAUUUGAAUUCCAAGAAUCAAGCAGUUUUGCUGAGGAACAUGACAUUAUCUUUGGUGACUUGAAUUCAUCAUUUGCAUCACAAAUAUUCCGAAGUGAGCUUGAUGCUUAAUUAGCUAAGCAUGAUCAAACAAUCCAGGAGUUUUACACGAGAUUUCUAUUGUGAAUAGAAAGUUGAACAGCAAUGGCGGAUAUAUACAUGAUAAACACAUUAAGCUAUUUGACAUGUCAAUUAAGACAUGUUUUUCUUAAGAUUUUUUAUUACCCAUUUUUGAAAUACUGUUGCUUCAUUAUUAUGUAGAUAGAGUUGGAAUUAAUAUAUACAUUCAUUUAUCUGAUUAUCAUGUAAGUAAGGGUUUUCUUCAUACUAAAUCUUUGGUUAUC